UGUUAUCGAGCGAUUUAAUUGGUUCCGCUAUACGAGAAACCCUUUAAAAAAAAAAAAAAGGGUGCCUAUUGACCUUGGCUCGUACCUGCUUUCCCUACUUUCCUUUCAUAAUGGAUGGGUCCAGGUAAUGACGAGAGAGAAAGUUGAACGACAAAUUGUCAGACCAGAAAUGAAAACGAGGCUGGAUAAGGGUGUACGUGGGUUUCGUGUGGUACAGCCACCUGUCCGUACAAUUGUACAUAUCCGUCCUAUAGAUCUAAUGAUAUCGGAGCGUGUAGAAUGCCCAGGAAACUAUUGGUCGGGGGAAACCAAAAAACCGGGACGUUAAAGUCGACCAUUAAAAAAGUCACCCCACCAAUUGUGCCUGGGAUUGCGAAUCGAUUCAUCUCUACCAAUCCUCACAAUCAAUCAAAUAAUCAAUCCGUCGAUGAAACCGAUUAUGGAAGAAUAUGUGCCAGUAUCAACGUUGAAAAUCUCAUUCAAGUGGAUGCAACUCCCUCUUCGACGCAUGCAACUCUUCUUUCUUCAGUUGAAUCACAGAUGGAAGAUCAAGGGAUCGAAGUAGAAGCGAGCCCUGGACGUGAAAGUCCCGGAGGGAGUAGCGUGGGAUGUUUAUCUCGACACAGCACUGCCAGUGUGGAUAGUGGGAGAUGCUCGAUAACUUGCUCCGAAAUUAAGAAUCCGCCCAGAAUAUCUGCUCAAAAUUCGGAAUCAGGCCAAGUUUUAAACACGAACGUUGAAGACUGCGUUAACGUUGCAGAGAUGCUAGUCUACAAUCUACCAGAAAAUGAAAUAUUAAAGUCUUGGCUCAGCAGUGUUCAUUUCGAAGAGUACGUUCCUCUUUUCGUACAAGCGGGGUACGACAUGCCUACAGUGUCUCGCAUGACACCAGAAGAUCUGACUGCGGUCGGGAUAACUAAACCUAUGCAUAGAAGGACUCUCAAAGCAGAAAUUGCCAAGUUGAACAUUUCUGAUGGAAUACCCAACUAUAAACCGAAUACACUACUUGAAUGGCUACAGUUACUGAGACUGGAAGAUUAUCAUAACACACUAUGCAAACAGGGUUACGAUACCAUCGACAGAGUUACAGAAUUGGCAUGGGAAGAUCUCGAAGAAAUUGGAAUACAGAAACUUGGUCAUCAGAAAAAAAUUAUGCUUGCCAUUAAAAGAAUUCAAGAUAUAAACAGUGGAAUACGAAAACCGAAUUUGAAUCCUGUCCCUGAAUAUAUCGGCAGAGGGACAUUACCCCGUCCGCAAACACUUGGUCCCAUGAAUCCACUUCCUGCUGUACAAUGUCAUGGUCAAGAAAUAGCCAUCACUACUGUUAAAGUUAAAACUUCUCCAUCUGCUGAAAUUUCAACUUUUCCAGAACUUAAAACAUUUCAAUAUUCUCCAAUCAAAGGAGAUAGCUUCAGAUGGCCUGGAAAUGGAGAUUCUUUCUCACCUGUAAAUGCAGUAAACAACUUUGAACCCCAAAUGGUGGAUAUUCAGGUGCAGUCUCCAAAUCGAAGGCAUUCAUUAGAAAAUCUUGAUAAAGGUGAUUCAAUAUCAUCAUCCCAUCAUCAUUAUAUAAAUAAUUCUGAUAGUUGGUAUGAUACUAUUAGUGCAUGGAGACAUCAUGGUUAUGAUACCGAUAGCGAAUUAAGCACUCAUGGAGAACAUUGCUAUUUAUAUGAAUCUGAUGGAACAGCAACAUUACAGAGGCCAAAAGGACUGGUAAAACCACGACCAGUAGCUAAAAUUAUUGCUAAAUCUCGCCAAAACAAUCAAAUCAACGAAUCGGAAACUGUGAAAAAUUUGAAAUAUAAUGGACAAAAGACAGAUCAAAUUUCUGUAGAAAGUUCUCAGCAAGCCAAUAUUUUGUCUACAAAUUUUGGAACAUUGAAAUAUAAAAAAACGCCACCUCCACCUCCAAAGCGAAGCAACUCUAUAAAGAGCGAUCCUUCUGUCGAACGUACCAUAGAAGCAAUGAAAGAUGAAGCAUUUGCCACAUGUGUUAAAGGAUUAGCAUCUCACUUUAAUAUAGCAAAAAAUAAUGAAAUAUCAUCAAAUUCAAAUCAGAUAAGAGCAGUUCAAGGAAAUUCUGAAGAAUUUCCACCCCCUCCUUCUCCAUUACCAGUAAUAGAAGUAGAUACAAAACCAUCAGUAUCAACAAAUAGUUAUAAUGAUAGUGAACAAAAGGAAAUUCCAGAAUUAUUUUCAAAUGCCAUGUUUAAACAAAGGAGAAAACAUUCUUUAGAUUCCACUAAUUCCAGUUCAGAAUCUAACACGUUACCUUUUGCAAAUGAAAAUGUGAGCACGAUUAAACAGAAAAUAAACAAACCUCAAGUGUCGGAAACUAAAUCUCCAUCUCCAUCAAUAAUUCGUAAAACUACUUUGACUAUUCAAGGAAAUAAAACAGUAACUGCCAAGAGAAGGAAUGGUAAUGCAGAAGAAAAAAGUGAAGAAUAUGCUCUUGUUAGGAAACUUGCAACCACAUCAGAGGAUGUGAUUGAUGACAUAGAGCACAUGUUGACCAACCUUUCGAACCAGUUGGAUGCCAUGUUGGAGGACGAGAAACUAACGAAGGACAGUCAGUGAAUAGAGACACUUGUUAUUGCACCUUUCACAUAUUAAAAGGUUUAAAGUUUUAAAAUAUUUAGAAGACUAAAUUCUCUUUAUACAAAUUUUUGGAAAUUGUUCUUUGAUGAAAAUAUAAACUACAGUUUUUUACUUUUUUCCUGUUAUUAAAUAAAUCUCAUAGAAUGUAUAAAAACAAAGCUACUGUGCCAAUGAAUGAUUCUUAAAUAGUGUUUGUAUAUAUAUAUAAAGUACAAUAUAAUCUUUAUGCAUGUUUUUGUUAUUAAACAAAUGUGUAGAAUUUGUAAAAAGAAACUUAAGUCUAAAAGAGUGACCAUGAAAGAUUUUGUAGAAUAUGAUAGUUUUCAAUUUCUACACCAUGACGAUUUUUUACGUUGCUGUAUAUUUUUUUCGUUUAAUAAAUUUAUUAAAACUGAACUUUUCAAUAUGCAAAUAAAUGAAAUGAUUUAAAAUGU